AUGUCCGCGCCGUGGGAUCUGUUCGGUGGCGACGACGAUCAGUGCGACGGCGGCGACACACACGACGGCGGCGAACGCGAUACCGGCGCGAAAACGACGCCGAGCGGCGCGGGCGCGGGAGAAGAGGAGGAGAGCGACGACGACGGCGACGGCGACGACGCUCCUCGCCCUCCUCGUCGUCGUCGUCGCCGCGCGCGCGCGACCGCGGCGGCGGUCCCCGCGCGCGCGCACGCGUACUUCGCCGCGAGUCGCGGCGUCUUCGGUGGUGGUGGCGGUCGCGACGGCGACGGCGACGGUGACGACGUCGCCGCGCUCGCGCGCGAGCUCGCGACCGACGCACGCGCGCGAUGCGACAGAAUAAAACAACAGCUCGCGCGUUGGGGACGCGAGGGCGCCGACGCCGCGGCGGCGCUCGGACGCGCGGCCGUCGCGCUGCGCGCGCUCUCGCGCGCGAUGCCGAUGCGGCGGCGGCGCCGCGGCGAAGACGACGCGGACGCGGACGACGCGGACGAUGACGACGACGACGACGAUGACGACGACGACGACGACGACGACGACGACGCGAGAGAGGAGAGCGGAGAGUCCUUCAGAAGAGACGACGCACGACCACGACGCGCGAACGGGGUUGUGCGUGAAGCAGUCUUGCGAUCCGCGGAGGAGCUGCGCGUUUCCUCCACGGCGUGCCUCGCCGCGUGUGUCCGACGCCUGGACGUCGGGUGCUGGCCGGACGCAUCGUUUCGCGACGCGCACGCGCUCGCGUUGGGCGGGUUCAUUCUCUCCAACGUCGCGGUUUCGGGGGGUAAAGUCCUUGAGGAAUCGAGUUCAGCACGCGACGAACGGGGUCGUAUGCAAAGUGGUCUCACGUCGGACGCAGCCGAACAGGUCGUGUCGGACAAUAUAACACCAACACCAACCCGCGUGGUGUCGGACGCGACGACGUUAGGCCGCGUCGCGCUCGAACUGCUGAGCCUCGUCGCGGUCGCGAGCGAGGCGGCAGAGCUUCCGAGGUGGCUCGCGAGCGCGUUUGCUCUUGCGGAGACGGCGUCGUUGCGCGCGUCCGCGAAUGAAAACACACCACGUGGAGGAUCAUGGGGAUUCACGUGGCGUUGGCCGGACGACGCGUACCAAAUCCCCGCGUCGAUUCCCGCGGACGCGCCGCGGAUCGACCCGCAACUCGAGAUUCCUCGAGAGGACGCGGACGCGCUCACGACGGCGAGGUUUUACGACGAGUACGUCAAGACGGAAACGCCGGUCAUCGUCUCCGGGUGUUUGACGCGCGAACGCGGCUGGGCGAGCGCGUCGGAGACGUGGGGGGAUCUGCGAACGCUCGUGAGACUCGCGGAGGAGGAGGAGGAUGGGGGGGGGUUGUCGAACGACGCGGAUGGCGACGUUGAAGAUGGGACGUCAACCGUCGGUAAGAUGGAACGUCAACUGUCACGCCGCGAGAGGCUUGUCCCCGUAGAGUUCGGCGGCUUCGGUGACGCGAGAGGCCGAGGCGUGUGCUCCUUGCGCGCGUUCGUGGAGCGGUAUUUGGCGCCGUCGAACCUCUCGCACCGCGAUGUGUCGGACGCCACAUGCGCGGCGUCCGAUACGGCGGCCGUCGACGUCGCUUACGUCAGUCAGCACGCGCUGUUCCACCAGAUCCCGUCGCUCCAGCGGUUGUUCUCCGUGCCCGUGUACGUCCUCGGAAGGCUCGCCCCGGAGGACGGCGCCGUGAAUGCGUGGAUCGGUACAAAAAACACGUCCACGGCGUUGCAUAGAGACCCGUACUUUAACGUCCUCGCGCAGUGCGCCGGGUUUAAGUACGCGCGCGUGUACGCGGCGUCGCAGACUGAAUACCUGUACCCGUUGGACGUCGUAGGCGCCGGGUGCGAGAACUCGUUCACGCGAAGCGCUGUGUCCGUGGAAGCCCCCGACGACGCGAAGCAUCCGCUGUUCAAACGCGCUAGGUACUCGGAGUGCUUGUUGAGACCAGGCGACGCGCUCUUCAUGCCGAAAGGGGCGUGGCACCACGUUCGAGGGCUGAGCACGAGCGUGAGCGUGAACUUUUGGUGGUCGCGUUGA